AUGAGUUCUUUUGGCAUUUCGCCUGAAGAGUUUGUGUACGCAGCUAGGGAUUUCGUAGAUCUAUCAGAUAAGUACCGCGAUAGCUGGACUCUCCAUCAGAACGACAAUGAGAUUUUGCAAACUUACAUACGUAAAGAAGAAUUCAUUAGUCACAGAGACGAGAACGACAAAGUAUUUCUCUAUAGGGCGGAAUACGUAAUCUUCUUUAAUCUCAGCUACGGCGUGCCAUCUUUUAGCUUCAACGUCUGGGAUUGCUCUGGGAAGUUGCUUACUCUGGAAGAAGUUCGUCAGAUUUCUCUAAUAAAAACUACAAAAGAGAACUUCUACUCGGUGGUAUCCCAGCAAGAACAUCCAGUGCUCUACAAGCCGUACUUCAUUGUCCACCCGUGCAGAACUGCCACCAUCCUCCAAGAGUUCAAGAGCAAGUCGAGGAACAUCAUUCUAACAUUCCUCGGCCUCAUCAUCCCUCUGGUGCAAUUAAACUUGCCGCUCGAGUUCGCGAGAUAG